CUGUAGCAUAGCGUCAGGGAAGAUGGAAGGGCUGCUGCAUAUCGUCACCAUUUUACUCGUUUUGGCUUCGCUCGGGCACUCGGUGAAGCUGCGUCAGGAGUGCGACAUCGACCUGCAGGUGGGGUGCCCGAGCGAGGCCGACGAGCAGCCGUGGGUGUCCUGCUCGCGGGUCAGCUGCUCAGUCACCAGGAAGAACACCUGGUUCAUUGGAGAAUUGUACAAGCGCGUGGACUGCUUGGAAGCAGAAGGCAAAAUGGUGAAGGUUGAGUACCGGAAGGAUGGGAAACUCUCGUGCUCUCUCGUCCCCAUCCAGACAAACGAGCUUCUCCUCGCAGAGUACUUGAACCCGAGUAUCGCCUCGUGCGGCCCGCCCUCGCCGGCCCCCGACGCCCGCCUCCAACUUUCCUAAACUUCGGGACAAGAACUCGAAAUUGGGUUUUGUCGUGCACGAAUAGUUAGUCAAUGCAGUAUGCGAGUUUAAUUGCUUUGGGCUGAUCCACCUGGCACUAAAUCUAAUCUAACCGUUGAUUUGGUCCGAUCAUCUUGCAACUUUGCCUUUAAUAAGAUGUCAUUCAGCCGGGCAGUUUGGUGGACCCCCUUAAGCGCCCUGCAACUGGCUGGAUCCACGAGGUUUGAUUUCGUACUACGUCUGGUAUUGGGGUUAUUUACAAAAUUGUUUUACAAAAAUUAAGCAGAUAAAAUGCUGAUUCAAGAUGAAAAUCUUAGACAUAUUUUCAGCAUAAGUACUUUGGCAGAAUUUACCUAUUUAAUGAUAUCUUAAUAAAUCAAAGGGAUACCAUUAUGUGGAGAAAUAAUGACUGCAAUAUAUUAAAUUUCUCCAAUGUUCGGAAUUAAUCAUUGCUAUAAAUAUUUGGAUGCAUAUGAAUAACAUACUGUCCUGAAGUAUUUAAAAAUAUUGACAAAUA